AUGUCCGAAGGUUGCUUUGCGCUGUUGGAGGUAAUGGUAUACCCAAUCCCGAAUAGACCGAUUCAAUCGUAUAAUUGUCGGUACUGUAGCAGUAAGAUGCUGGGACAGGAAGAACUAGAAGCGCCCAUCACAGAAAAGACAUCGUACAAGGUCAAGGCUAAGAAAGUCUAUUAUAUCCCCACGUUACGAUCAUGA